AUGGGUUCAAUUUCAGACUCUCCAUCCCCGCAACGCCGCCAUGUUGUUCUAUUCCCUUUCAUGUCCAAAGGCCAUACCAUCCCUCUCCUCCACCUCUCCCGCCUCCUCCUCUCUCGAAACCUCGCCGUUACCGUCUUCACUACCCCCGCCAACCGCCCCUUCAUCGACCAAUUCCUCUCCUCCUCCACCGCCUCCGUCGUAGACCUCCCUUUCCCUCAAAACAUCCACCCCGAAAUCCCCUCCGGCGUCGAGAGCACUGACAAGCUCUCCUCCGUCUCCGAACGCCUCUUCUACCCCUUCACGCUCGCCACAAAACACAUGCAAGAUGACUUCGAGAAAGCCCUAAGCUCUCUCCCACGUGUCAGCUUCAUGGUCUCCGACUCCUUCCUCUGGUGGACCCUCGACUCCGCCGUCAAGUUUAACUUCCCGCGGCUCGCCUUCUACGGCUUCAACAACUACUCCGGCUGCGUCUUCAAAACCGUCGCUGAGGAUCGCCUUCUCCACGGCGCGGAGUCGGACAACGAGUUGAUAACGCUGACUCGGUUUCCUUGGAUCAAAAUUACAAAACAGGACUUCGAUUCUUCUUUCGGAAAGCAUAGUCCGGAAGGAUCGGAGUUUUUCAUGAACGUCAUGGGAGCCGUCGUUAAGAGCUUCGGCCUCGUCACUAACAGCUUCUACGAGCUCGAACCGGUCUUCGUCGACUACUGGAACACCGAGUGUACCCCCAAGUCAUGGAAUGUGGGACCACUCUGCCAGCUGAAACCUAAACCACAGUGCCACGAUCCUAAGCCGGUCUGGAUAGAAUGGCUAGACAAGAAGAAGGUGGAAGGGAAGCGUGUUUUGUACGUGGCGUUCGGAACGCAAGCGGUGAUCUCCUCGGAGCAAGUUGAGGAGAUAGCAAAGGCGCUGGAGAAGUCGGAGCUGAAUUUUCUGUGGGUGAUAAGGAAGAAAGAGAGCUUCACUUGGUGGGACUCUGAGUUCGAUGAAAGGGUGAGAGGGAGAGGAAUGGUGGUGAGCGAGUGGGUUGAUCAGACGGAUAUACUAAACCACGAGAGCGUGGAGGGUUUUGUGAGUCAUUGUGGGUGGAACUCGGCAAUGGAGGCUAUUUGUGCCGGAGUGCCGAUUCUCGCGUGGCCGAUGAUGGCGGAGCAGCCGCUUAAUGCGAGGAUGGUGGUGGAGGAGAUAAAGGUUGGUUUGAGAGUAGAGACGUGUGACGGAUCGGUUAGGGGGUUUGUGAAGGCGGAGGGGCUUGAGAAGAUGGUGAAGAAGUUGAUGGAGGAGGAGGAAGGGGAGGUGGUGAGGAAGAAGGUGAAGGAGUUGUCUGAGGUAGCGAGGAGGGCGGUGGAGGAGGGCGGGUCGUCGUGGCAGACGUUGCAGUCGCUCAUUGAUGAGGCAUGCAGUAAUUAA